AUGCAGUUUUCCUCUAUCUUUCUUGUAGCCCUUGCUACUUUCGCCUCAUCGGCUCCAACCGCUGCUACGGACAUAAUCGGUCGUGAUCCGGCGCCACAGCGUAACGCCCAGGGUUAUGGGGGCUACUACAUCAAAGAACGGAACGAGAAACGUGAUCCGGCGCCACAGCGCAAUGCCCAGGGCUACGGCGGCUAUUAUAUCAAGGAAAGAGGAGAUGUCGAAGAGAAGGUCUCGCUGUACUAG